AUGCUCCCAAUUCACCUAAACCUGACUGUAGCUUUCUUCCUAGCACUCACAGGAGUCCUAGUCUACCGAUCACACCUAAUAUCUACCCUCCUAUGCCUGGAGGGUAUAAUGUUGUCCCUUUUCAUCCUUAUAACUCUCUUAAUUACCCACUUUCACAUAUUCUCCUUAUCAAUAACCCCUCUAAUCCUCUUAGUCUUCUCAGCAUGUGAAGCAGGGAUUGGUCUUGCUUUAUUAGUCAAAAUUUCUGCCACUCAUGGUAAUGAUUACGUCCAAAACCUAAACCUAUUACAAUGCUAA